GGUAAUAACGUCUAUACCGCCGUUGCCAGAUUACCGAGACAAAGAGUAAGUAGGAGAGGAAACCCACUACGCAGCAACGAAAGGAGAGGAGAGGAGAGGAGGCAUGGGAAACUCUGAGUCAACUUCAACCAAUCCUCGUUUCGUUUCCGCGAGCAGAGCGUUCACACAGAAGGAACUCGAAGAUCUCAAAUCCCUUUUCGUAUCCCUUGCUGCCCAAUCGCAGAACAACGCUCAAUACAUCUCUCCCUCUGUUUUUAAGGUGUAUUUUAAAAUUAACGAACCUCUUGGACCAAGGAUGUAUGAUUUGGUUACACAGAAGCGAAAUGAUCAGAAACUUACCUUCGAGGAUCUCUUAAUUGCUAAAGGAAUCUAUGAGAAAGGAACACAAGAUGAAAUUGAGGAUUUCAUUUAUCAGUUACUGGAUGUGACAGGUGAUGGCAUUGUGAACAGGUCUGAUCUGGAGGCUGUUUUAGUAGCCAUGCUUGAUGCUGUUUUUCCUCCAAAAAAUGCUGAACCUGGAUUGAAUGCACAAAAGGAUGCUGUUGACAUUUUUCUCAACACAGCUACAUUUUCCAAGGAAGUAGAUGGAAGUGGUGAAAAGAGUAUGUCAUUUGAGGAUUUUAAAAGUUGGUGUAGCCUUCUCCCAUCUGUGAGGAAGUUCCUUGGAUGCUUGUUAAUGCCACCAGAUCCAGGGAGACAGGGUAUGCAGGUUCCUCAUUUUCUGCAUUCAGAAAGUAUAGAUUCUAAUUUGCUGAUAUUAAGGAAAGAGUAUGCAUGGCAUAUAGGAGGAGCCCUUGCUCAACAUGUGCAAGGGGAAUGGAAGCUAUUGUACAAUAGUGCUAUAGAUGGCUUAAGCUUCAACACGUUCUUGGGUAAUAUACAAACUGCAGAAGGGCCAACUGUCCUGAUUAUCAAGGAUAAAGAAGGUUAUAUGUAUGGAGGCUACGCAUCUCAGCCUUGGGAGAGACAUAGUGAUUUCUAUGGGGAUAUGAAAUCUUUUCUUUUCCAGCUCUAUCCACAGGCAUCCAUAUUCCGACCUACUGGAGCCAACAAUAAUUUGCAAUGGUGUGCAGUGAACUUCAGUUCAGAGAGCAUCCCUAACGGAAUUGGUUUUGGAGGGAGAUUGAAUCACUUCGGACUUUUUGUAUCUGCAAACUUUGACGAAGGGCAUACGUUUGCCUGCAGCACUUUUGGCAGCCCAUUGCUCUCCAGGACAAACCAAGUAUAUCCAGAAGUAAUAGAAUGUUGGGGAGUUGCCUCAAAAUCCGGGCAACAGGAAAGGGCUGUCAAAGGCUCUGUGCUGGAGAGGUUUAAGGAGGACCGCAACAUGCUCAACAUGGUUGGGAUUGCAAAUUCUAGUGAAUGAAUCUGAUGUGUAUCUAUCUGCCUUCUAGAUUGUCAAUAUAUGUAAAUGCCCUCUACGAAUGGAUGGGUUCUGGCAUUUGGACUUGAUGAGGGAAACAUUUUUGC